AUGAUUAACUUUAGACCUAGAUUGGGUCUCUUUUCUGUUCUGAGAGCAGUUCCUUGCAAACGCCGCUUUGCGACAGAGGCGCGGUUAACUUCGGACCACGUCCGCAUCGUCGAAGUUGGACCACGAGAUGGACUUCAGAACGAGAAGAAGUCUAUACCGCUCGAAACAAAGCUCGAGCUCAUUCAGAGGCUCGCUAAAACGGGUGUGACGACAAUUGAGGCCGGUUCAUUUGUGCCUGCAAAAUGGGUUCCUCAGAUGGCUAGUACUGCAGAGAUAUGUGAAGAGCUCUUACAAAACCCGCCGCAGUCUCAUGAUACUAUUGCUUACAACUAUCUUGUUCCCAACGUGAGGGGUCUGGAGAAUCUGAUCAAGGUCAUGGAUUCUGCCGAUGUUCCCACGGCGACAACCGAGUCUUCAUUAAAGCCUGCAACAACCACAGAGAUUUCUCUCUUCGCUGCCGCUACUGAGGCCUUCUCCAAGGCUAAUACCAACUGUACUGUACAGGAAUCGUUGGAUCGCAUUCGCCCUAUUGUCGCGUUGGCUAAGACCAAGGAUAUUCGGGUUCGAGGAUAUGUUUCUGUUGCCCUGGGCUGUCCAUAUGAAGGGCCUGAUGUUUCACCAUCCAAAGUAGCGGAGAUUACGGCUACUUUACUGGAAAUGGGUGCCGAUGAAGUGUCCGUGGCAGACACAACCGGCAUGGGAACUGCGCCGCGCACUCUGGAGCUCCUGCAAGCUUUGAACGCGGCGGGGAUCGCAAAUACGGAUCUAGCACUCCACUUCCAUGACACAUAUGGCCAAGCUCUGGUAAAUACGAUUGUGGGAUUGGAACAUGGGAUCCGGAUUUUCGACAGCAGCGUUGGUGGGCUUGGUGGCUGCCCAUACUCCAAGGGCGCAACGGGAAAUGUGGCAACUGAAGAUAUUGUUCACACCAUCCACAGCCUAGGGAUGCAUACCGGUAUUAACCUCGAAGAGAUGUCAAAAAUCGGCUCCUGGAUUAGUGGUGAGCUUGGCCGAUCCAAUGAAAGUAGGGCAGGGAAAGCGACACUUGCACGACUACAAGGCCCAUCCCUUCUGUUGCCCCUAGAAGAGGAAAUAUCAAUGUGGCCUCUCCCCGGAGUCCCGUCAUUGUCAUGGGCCCGAUUUCGUGCACGGAUUGCUGCUGUGUUCCAUGGUGCUGACCCUAAGGUCUGCGUCGCAUUCUGGCUGUUUGGUUUAAUCAACAAUGUACUGUAUGUCAUUAUUCUGUCCGCAGCCCUGGACUUGGUCGGUCCCAAUGUCCCAAAGGGCGUCGUCCUACUCGCCGACGUGCUUCCAUCCUUCGGGACAAAACUGGUCGCACCCUACUUUAUCCAUGCCGUCCCCUAUUCCAUGCGUAUUGUAAUAUGUGUGUUGCUUUCUGUACUGGGUAUGAUUGUGGUCGCUCUUUGCCCAGAAUACACAGAUGGCAGUACGCUUUCAUUUAAACUCGCGGGGAUUGUUCUCGCUAGCUUGUCAAGUGGUAUUGGAGAAAUGAGUUUUGUCUCGCUCACACACUACUACGGUCCCUUUAGCCUUGCAGCUUGGGGAAGUGGAACAGGAGCUGCUGGCCUAGUAGGUGCUGGAGCAUAUGCGCUGGCAACCACAUCCCUCGGAUUUGGCGUGAGGGCAACUCUCUUGUCGUCCGCUUGUCUACCCGCUGUCUUGGCUGUGAGCUUUUUCAUAAUCCUGCCUAGAUCGCCGAUCCAGGCGCAAUAUCACGAUUUUGAGGAGGAACAGCGGAAUGUGAACGAAGGUACAUCCGGUGACAAUGGUGAUGAUGAGAAUGACAGGUUGCUCGAUUCUUCUUUCCAUUCGGCUCAAAGUCUCAAGGUAAAUCCGCCACGAACAGGGUUGGGACUGCAAAGCAUAACGGCGAAUUUGAAACAAGUCAAAGGAUUGUUCUUCCCUUUUAUGUUGCCGCUUUUGCUAGUGUACAUUGCAGAAUACACUAUCAACCAGGGCGUGUCUCCGACAUUACUGUUCCCACUUGAGGCUUCGCCAUUCACUCAUUUCCGCGCCUUCUACCCGGCCUAUAAUGCAAUUUAUCAGAUUGGUGUCUUUAUCUCCCGUUCCUCAACCCCCUUUUUCCGAGUGCAUAACCUCUACCUUCCCUCGUUUCUCCAGAUCAUCAACUUGGUAGUAUUGACACUACAUUCAUUGUUUGACUUCAUUCCUAGUGUGUACCUUGUUUUCCUGGUGAUUUUCUGGGAGGGGCUUUUAGGCGGCCUUGUGUAUGUGAAUACGUUUGCGGAAAUUGGGGAUCGUGUUUCUCCAGAAAACCGCGAGUUUUCCCUAGGGGCAACGACUGCCAGUGAUUCGGGAGGGAUUUGUAUCGCAGGAUUUCUGGGAAUGAUGUUUGAAGUAAGCUGGUCCUUCUUCAUCUCCAUUGUCUCUUGUAAUUUCUAUUACUUGUCUCUGUUCCGUAAGGUCCAGGUUCUUGCUGUGUUUCUAUUCUGGUCAUUUUACCUUUUCAGGGGAAAUAAACACGGUCCUCCCGUUAUUCGAGGUCUCUCGUCCCGUCUUUCACAGAAACUGAGUGUGUGGCAAACCACUGUUUCUGUAGUUUUAUGGCUUUAUUUCUGCCGUAACUUCGCCAAGAUCGUGGGACUCGAGUGUCCAGAACCUCUAGCGAACCUCUAUUCUCGAUCCUUUUUUCGGGCAACAUGGAUCACGACAGCGCUGGAUGCCGGCUUUUGGACGGCCAUGAAGAUCAAGCCUAAAUGGCUGCGGGAUGUCGCGUCCUUGGGCUGUACUGUGUAUUAUCUUUUUGCUGCUGAGCGGGCGGAUGAAAAGGUUCGUCGUGUGAGGUCAACUUUAACAGUUGAACACUUGCGGGUUUCGUGGAACAAAGGAACAACCCCGUAUCUUUGGGCUCUUUCGAGUCUGGUGCGUCCACGAUUUACUCGGUAUCCUCCGCGUGCUAUCAGGAUUCCUCGCCCCCGACAGUCCAUCUACCACGAGCCCACUAAUGCGUGGCUGUAUUUUGAUGGCCCCUUGAGUGCGUUACGGGAUCAGACUUGUAUUAUCCUCGAUAUUCCCGGAGGCGGAUUUGUUUCUAUGACUCCCCGACAUUCCGAAGAUCGACUGCUUGCUUGGGCUGCAAAGACUAAGGUUCCGAUUUUAAGCCUAAACUAUAAGAAGGCUCCAGAAUAUCCGUACCCUUAUGCACUCAAUGAAUGCUAUGAUGUCUAUCAUUCAAUUGUCACCUCACGCGGUCGCUGCUUAGGGCUGAGUGGGCUCACGCCACCUCGUGUCAUUCUUACAGGCGACAGCGCUGGUGCUAACCUUGCUGUCGGUACAGCCUUGAUGGCUCUUCAGUCGGGUAGUGCCGGUGCAUCUCUGGGGCAGGGUCGGAAUGCUCUCCCACGGCCGGACGGACUAGUUUUGGCUUAUCCGGCGCUGAACAUGAAGAUAGAAAGUUGGAUGUCUGAAGAACAAAUGUCCCUAAUCCAGGAAAAGAGCACACGUCAAACGAAUCGGAACGUCAUUCGAAGAAAGGACAUGGACUAUCAGAGGUUGACGCCAUUCACCACUCCUGGGACAUCUCUCGAUGACCUUCGACAUGAUUCCUCAUCUGAACCCGACUUAGAGGCAGGGGAUGGGGCAGAAGAGGCACCAGGGCUCGUCCUCGAAGACGACAAACAGGAAAGCCUGGUAUCUCAAACUGCUCAUCUCACUAGCAGUCAGCCAAAGAAAAUCCACACUCGGUUGGCUGUGUCAUCGAUGAUCUCAUACGUGAAUGACAGGAUAUUAUCACCUGAACUGAUGCGAGCAAUGAUCAUUCUCUACAUUGGACCGCAUAACCGCCCCGAUUUUAACACCGAUUAUCUUUUGUCGCCAGUUCUCGCCCCUGAAGCUCUUCUUGCGCAGUUCCCCAAGACAUACAUUAUUACAGGAGAACGAGACCCGCUGGUUGAUGACACUGUGAUAUUUGCUGGAAGGCUUCGACAGGCCAAGCUCCGCCAAUUCCACGAGAGGCAGGAAUUAGGCCUAGAAAAGUCUCAUCGGAGAUUCAACGAGAAAGACCAUGUUGAGGUAUCCCUCCUUCCAGGAGUUUCGCAUGGAUUCAUGCAAAUGGCGGGUUUUUUCCCGGAUAGUUGGAAACAUAUCAACCGAUGUGCUACUUGGAUUCAAACCUUGUUCGAAAUAGCUGAAGUCAGAAAAUCACCAUCUGCCCUCCUUUCUAUUUACGGGACUGGCGCUCUUCCCAAAGGCUCUAAGGUCGAUUCUGGACGAAAUUCUCUUCGCAAUCACAAGCGUAGCUUAACGGGGGAGUCCUCCGCCGAUGAAGACAAGCCAUUAGAGAUGAGCAUCGGCAGGAUGACCCCGUUGGAUGCUACGGUGCGGAGCGCUAGCGCUCCAAGCUGCCAACAGCUGCAGAACGGAUCGGCCCUGGAGACUAGGCUCCGUAACUCUAACCAGGAUGGCGAAGAGGCAGCGUUGAAUGAUCGGGAUAGAAGUAUCUCGCGGGGCCGCGCAACUCGGUCCAGGGGGUUAGGCAAACGGCGACCGCUUGCUCCGACCAACAUCAACAUCUUCUCGAUGACAGAAUAUGCUUCAGAUCCGGCGAGCCCGAUUCGUAUGCGUCAGAGAGAACACAGUAUGUGUAGCCUAGCCAGUGAAGAGGAUAUUUUGGGUCGUCGCAUGAAUGGAUUAGCAGGGGGUUUAAUGGGAAUUGGAGAGGGAGCUCAGACGCCAUGA